GGUUAUCGCGCCAAGCUGACGUACGCUGGCUCACGCUGCUCUCACUCUUAGCGCACGAACUAAUGAAGGUGAAUGGCUUUGGCUGAAAGGACUCGUCAACGUUUGUAGCCAAAAUAACGGAAAAACAAAUCGUGAUAUACUUUCUGUGUGACAGUGGUGAAAAACACGAUUAUUUGUAAACAAAAACUUCGUUUAUAUUGUAUAUGGUGCCGAUAGUUAAAAGCGCAGCUGUCAAAAACUCUGUCACUGCUUGCCAUACACCAAAUCAGCGAGGCGUUUAAUCGGCCCGACACAAGCAUUUUCCACAGGAAAACGUCGUAAACUAAACGUAUGUUCGAACGAAUAUGUGGCGCGUGCGCACCGGUUUCAUAGUGACACUGCUGAUUGUCCACAACGUGUUGUUUGGCGGGUUUAGGCCGGCACGCUCUCUGGCCGUGCGAUCCAAUUUGGAAAUUGUUAAGCAAUGGAAGCUUUUCUCGUAUGCAUUUCCGCAAAAUGCACCCGUCUCCGACACCAACUACUACAAUCCGCUGACUAUAGUGCCAACGAGUAUGACAGUGGGUUAUGAUCGGAUUUACAUUGCUACACCCAAACUCUUUGCCGGCGUGCCGACAACCGUCAGCUAUGUACCGAAGGUGGACUACAGCGAGUCACCGAUCUUGCGUUCUUACCCCGACUGGUCGUAUACGGUCAGCGGCCGCAGCUCGUUCAACUGCAGCGAUUCAUAUUUGGUGUCGGUGUAUCGCAUGCGCAUCGAUUCUUGCAACCGUUUAUGGAUCUUAGACGCCGGUGUCUCACGCACCUUCGAAGACUCCGAGCAAACUUGCCAACCCAAAAUACUGGUAUUCGAUUUGAAUACAGAUCAAGUGGUUCGACGCAUCGACAUUCCAGGAGAUGUCUUGCGCAACCAGUCGAUCCUCGUCAAUCUGAUCAUUGACGAAACGACAUCUAUUUCAGGAACAUGCGACGAUGUGUUUGUCUACAUCGCGGAUACUGUAAAACCUGCGAUAAUUGUGUACGACGGAGCACGUGAUAUGAUGUGGCGGCUCUCACACCCGGCUAUGUGGCCCGAUCCCGAUCUGGGCUUGGUACAAGUGCUAAAUGACCGGUUCUUCAUUAUGGACGGCAUUAUUGGUUUAGCUUUCGACACAGUAAGCGGAAUACUUUAUUUCCAACCACUGGCCACGGACCGCAUCUUCUCCAUUACCAAAGAUGCUCUACGCGCUGGACCACGACGUUUGCAUGACAUUUUGCCCAUACGCUUCCUUGGUAAAAAGUCCUCUCAAGGUCUUCCACUAUACCUUGCGCCACAGGAUGGAAGCCUGCUCUUCAGCCCGGUAACGGAAACUGCGAUCGUGUCUUGGAAUCCACAAACAAAGCAACAGGCGGUGCUCUUCUACGACGUAGAUGCGCUGCAGUUCGUGGCGGAUAUAAGUGCAUCACCAUGGGAGAGUGACGUAGUCUAUGCCAUGUCCUCGAAAUUUAACCGCUUCACACUAGAAACGGUAAACAAAGAUGAGAUCAACUUCCGGCUCAUGCGAUUCAAGUAUCCCAGCAAAAGUGCGGUAUCCUCGCAGCGGCUCUUCACACCCUCUGCUCAAGCCAGAAGCCCUCUCUACAAUAACGAUGAUAAUUUGAGUGCUUUCAAUAGCACGGGUUACAGGAGUGGAGUCGCGCGAUUAGUACCAACCCAUACUCCGGCCUACAGCCUUGAACGGAGUGAAAAAAUUUAUCAGUUCCAGGGCGUCAAAAAUGGUCUGCAUGCGUUCAGCGGAAACAGUGCGCCGGCAGCGGCUAACAUCUUUCAGCUCAGUCAGCUCGGCCAUCUGGGCUACAGCUACAGUCUGGGCCACAGCGGAAACUAAGUGAAGUAUCUUCUUUUAUGAAUCACGAGAAUGUAAUAAAUGUACGAACUACAUUGGUUAAAAAUUUCAUCUGUAAAUAUUGUUGUUAAAUUAUGCUGGUGAUUUAUGAUUUCUGUAAGGUUAGGCAAAUAAAAAUCAUUUUAAAAAAUUAAA